AUAAAAGCUUUGUCUAUUUCACAUGGAGUAGGCGCUAGUGGGGAUGCAGCCACAAAGAGUGAGGAUACACGUGUUCCACCCAGAGGGAGGGGGAGUACUAUGCGCAGGAACCCUGAUAUUGUACCUAGGCCUAUCACUCCUAGGCCGGCCACACCCAAGCCUGCCAUGCCUAGGCCUGCAACUCCAAAGCCAACCACUGCACCAAAGGAUGAGGCUUCAUCCACAGUGGUUCCUUCAGAGCUUCCAAAAUCUCAGCAGCCUGUUGCCUGCUUGUCAACUCCCUUGCUUUCUCCAGAGGCACAAGGUUUCUGGGUCGCUCAGGGAAGGGCCGACCCCAAGAAGGCACGCACAGUUUCAAGGGUGCAACGUAUUAUCAAUGCCCGUGUUCGUGACCGUUGGGGAUAUCCAAUGCCCUAUGCACCUGAGUGGGUUUAUGACGAAGUAGAGAAGAAUUUGGAAGAAUGGCUUUAUGGAGAACUUUUAAAGAAAACAGAUGUGGGACCCAAGGGAUUGUUUCAAAGCGAUCCACAGAAGCGGCAGCGUGACAUGGUCUUCCUCUGUGACACCCUCAGCGAAUGGUGGUAUGGGCGUACCAUCUUAAAGCACCAUGUUAAAAGUUGUGGGAAGUUUCAAGAGGACCGCUUCUUCAGCUUGUCAACCACUCUGCCUAAUGGAGGGAAGUACCCAUUGUUACCAGGUAUUCCUCAGGAGAGGAUACCAGAAGAGUGA